AUGUUUGACUACAAUCCGAGUACGCAAGAUCUCUAUAAUUACAGAAAACAGAGCGACGAAUCGAGUUUAAAUAUUCUGGAAUACGAAAUUAUAGAGCCGUCAAAGCUGAGACCGUGGUCGAGGAAAAUACCCGAUAUCUUUGCAACGAAGAAAAACGAGCAUGAAAAUUGUGAGUGCGGAAAAGAACGCUUUACCGGCCAUCGAUCAGAAGUUCAUCUUCAUGAUCACAGAUUAUGGGAGCGAGACAACUUCUUUCAAAUUGCUAAACCAGCUGUUUUAAUGACGCCUUCAAAUUUGCCAGUUGAAUUCGUCUCAAGUGGAUAUAAAGUCCAGCCGUUUGAAUCAGUAAAAUUAAAAAUCAAAAUCACUGAUUCUCCAACAAAAGAAAUAAACGCCAAGUUUUCAUCCUAUUUUGGCAUCAUCGACUGCCCUCUCUUCUCGACAUUCGAAAUUCAAGACGAGCAUCAUUCCACCUUCAAUCAGAAAAUCACUGUUGAAGAUUUUAACGCGAAACUUCAAGAAACAAAAUACAUUCCGCAAAUCUACGACGGCAGAAAGCUAGAAGACAUUGUUACUUUAGAAGUGACUGGAGAGGUCAGCUUCAAGAUUCGAUUUCCAGUGACGAUUGAAAGAACAAAAAUACCUGUUCUCACUCAGCGAAAAACAGAGGCCAUCAUUGAUAGAGUUACUGUGAUCACAAAAACUUAUCUCCGCUACCCUUGCCUAAAAAGGCUAAUCGAGUCGAUCGGUCAGUUUUAUCCGGGGAUCACUGUAAUCGUGGCCGACGACAAUCCCGACAGCAAGUUCGAGCAGAUCAGGAGUUCGUCAACAAACGUGAAACAAUACAAAAUGCCAGAAAAAGAAGGCUGGUUUGCAGGAAGGGCACUAGCGCAAAGCCAAGUGCGCACUCAAUUCUAUCUCUGGGUUGACGACGACUUCGUCUUUUCGAAAGAAACAGACUUGAAAUAUAUGGUUUAUGUUGCUGAAAGCACAGGUUUCGACAUUAUUGGUGGCGCGUUAGACAAUCAUGUCCGAGGUGGCUGGGCGAAAGAAGACUUUAUCGACAUACGAUCAGGAAACGAUGGUUACUGUUUUCGCCGAAAAAGAUACAGAAACUUCGACUUACCUGGCUUUGAGCAGGAAUGCCAGGUUGUCGAUGUUAUUGAAAACUUUUUCCUUGCUCGCACAAAUACUGUUGGAAAAAUUCGCUUCGACCCAGAAUUCGAAAAUAAAGGACAUCGUGAGUUCUUUAUCGAUGCUAUUGGAGAGUUACGAGUAGCCUGGUGCAGCAAACCCCUGAUUCUGCAUAAAAAUAAUUGUGUUCCCAGUGAGAACAAAGAAGUUUACACAAGUGAUCGCUUUGGAAAGAACAUUAAAGAUUUCAACUCUCGAAUCGCCGAAAUGUGGUACCAACGAAGCCACAUCAAAUGCUCCAGCGAAGUGUACUAG